AUGAAGCUAAAGGGAGUCAUUACGUUAUUACUGGUCCACUCGGUUCUGGGUCUCUUCGAUGUGAACCUUCUGGAAGAUUAUCUUCGCUGGAAAAGGCUUAGAGUUGUGGUCGUUUUCCACUGCCUCGACCAGAACCAUGACACCCUCAAGUUAUCUGAAAGGUUGAGCUAUUCCUUCAAUGGGAAGAUCCAUUACGUGGACAUUUCUAAUUUGACCGUUACCUGGAAUCAUUCUCACUCCAUGAUGUCCAGCUACCAUCUAUUAGGUGCUACGGUAGAUUUACAGUGUCCAGCGGUGUCACAACUCUUCGACGUCAUCUCCGAUCAUGGGUACUUCAACUCUUCAUACCAUUGGCUACUGUACGGCGAAACAGACUCGCGGGAUUCAGCUUCAUGCUUGCUGGACGAUCAAAACUUGAACAUCGAUGCCAAGGUAACACUGGCGGUUGAGAUUAAUCGAACGGAAUCUGGCGGAUAUUACGACCUGUACGAUGUGUACAGUACCUUUAGGAGACGUGGAGCCAAGCUUAACGUGACUUUGGUUGGAAAUUGGAGCACCGGCAAAAGUUUUCAACUUGCCAGCAACCAAACUGAGUACGAGCGGAGGAUUGACUUUGGUGGGAUUUGGCUAAAGGGAGCGAUUACGGCACUGGAUCAAGUUCAUUACGAAACAUUGAUGGAACAUUUGACCAGUGACGCUCCGGUUGAGGCGUAUGCCCUGCACCGAUUUGGAUACAAAAUCUGGGAACUAAUAAUGCAGAAACACAACUUCACAAUAAAACUGCUUCGAACGCCAGCGUGGGGCAUUGCUACCAGUGAAAGGGAUUCCCAUUCCGGUAUCAUUGGACAACUGGCAUCGAAAGAAGCUGAUCUAGCGAUCAACACGCUGACCUACACCAAGGAUCGAAUCUCCAUAAUAGAUCACACGGUGACCGUUGCAAUGUCCAAGAUGCUGCUGGUAUUUCGUCAUCCCAAAGUAACCGGAAAUCGGAACUUGUUCCUGCGACCAUUCGAAGUCGACGCAUGGAUGGCUGUUUUGGGAGUGAUCGUUCUGGCAAGUAUCGUACUGUUCGGAAAUUUCUGCGCAGAAAGCUACAAAGAAUACUACGACAAAGAGGUUCAUGACAAUCGUUCGCUCGUUUUCUUGACUGUCUUUGGCAUCUUGUGUCAGCAAGGGUUUUCCUCCAAAACAAUGUUCAACUCGACAAGGAUCACCCUCAUAAGCACGUUGAUCUUUUCGGUGCUUCUUUACCAAUUCUACUCUACGUUCAUCGUCGGAUACCUGCUGAUAAUACCACCGAAAACCAUGUCCACCUUACAGCAUCUGCUCGACAGCAAUCUGAAGGUCAUCGUGGAAGAUUUGGGCUACAACAUCGACUUUCUCAAUCAAACCAAAGACCCGCUCGCAACCCAACUCUACCGGAGCAAGAUCCUCAACGGAGAGAACAACUUCCUAAACGUGUCGGAAGGGAUCGCCCGGGUACAGCAGGGCGGGUACGCGUUCCAGUGUGACACCGCGUACGCGUAUCCGCUCAUGAAGCGCACCUUCACCGAUAAGGAGAUUUGCGACCUGCAGGAAACCGUGCUCAGCCCGUUCCGGCAGAUGCACUUGCCGCUGCCGAAGGGGAGUCCCUUCAGGGAGAUGUUCCGCGUGACCGUUAGGAAGAUUGUGGAGAGUUCGGUUGGGUUCUACCAGCAGAAGCGGUUCUUCUGCGAUAAGCCCAAGUGUGCAAAGAGCGAGCUGGAGCCGAUCGAUGUGGACAUGGACAACGUUUCGUCGCUGUUUAUUGGGAUGCUGGUGUGCCUGGCUGGGUGUGUGGGGCUUUUGCUGGUCGAAUGGAUUACUUAUUCUUAUUUUAAAGGGCACGGUGAAAAGCUAAGUAAUAUUGAUUAAGCUUUUGGGAUAGAUUUUGCAAUUUAUUAUUCUUAAGAAAAAAAUGACGGAUUUUUUAAAUUAUUUCAAAACUGAAUUAUUCUGAGCAUCUGCACUAAUAAAAAGUUGCGAUCUUCUCUAAGAAAGGUCAUUGCAAAUAUUUUUUGAAGUUCAUGUUCAUCGAAUCUGACCAAUGUAGAGGGUUGGUGGUUGGGCAAACAAAU